UUUGUAACGGAAGCAGUCGAAAAGAUUGGUCCUUCGGUGUUGCGAAUCGAUACAGAAACUCAUCUCCUGGAAGAAGAAACCGUCGGACUACCCCCACGGGGGCCGGGUUUUGUACAGCAAGGUCAAGGAUCUGGCUUAAUAUUUUCGUCUGAUGGCUUUGUGCUGACAAAUGCACAUGUAGUCGAAGAUGCCACCAAGGUAACCGUUACUUUGACGGACGGUCGCAUGUACCAAGCCGAAGUGAAAGGGGCUGAUGAGAUUGUGGAUAUUGCGGUCCUGAAGAUACUUCCUGAACGCAGUGCGGAUGGUAGCACAUUGCCUUUGAAAGAUCUACCGGUGGCUGAACUAGGUAACAGUGACAAGCUUACAGUUGGGCAGAUCGUCGUGGCUGUCGGAAGUCCAGGCGGCCUUGACAAUACCGUCACUAUGGGAAUCGUUUCUGGUCUCGAGCGAUCUUCUCAUAUCGUUGGCAUUCCCCAUAAAAAGGUUGAUUACAUCCAAACGGAUGCUGCUAUUAACCCUGGAAACUCAGGGGGGCCUCUGGUGGAUGUUCAAACGGGGCAGGUAGUGGGUAUAAACGCUGCCAUACGCGCUCAUAUGGAAGGAACCAGCUUUGCAAUUCCUAUAAAUCGUGUGCAGGAAAUAAUGCACGACUUGGCGGAAGGACGCGAAGUUCAUCAUGGCUAUUUAGGUAUUUCCUUGGCUUCAUGUACACCAGAAUGGGCUAGGCAAAACAACUAUAAGAUGGAUGCAGAGUUUGGUCGUGUCCCGGAGGUGUACGGAGCCUUGGUUCACAAAGUCUUUCCCAGAACACCAGCCGAAAAGGGUGGGUUACGGGAAAACGAUGUGCUGUUGGAGAUAGGAGGUAAAAGAGUACAAUCUUCCGACGAUGCACGGCGCUUGAUUGACGCAGCACCCAUGCAUCAAGAUCUCGAUGUGACGCUACUUCGAGAAAAUAGACAGAUUUCGUUGACGGUACAACCUGUUGAUCUG